CGUGAUCGAUUGCAAAUCGUUCUUCUCUUAUCAACUUCCAUCCAAUACACAGCGUUUGUAAAUCUACUAACUGAAAAUGGCCAAGAAAGUUGCCGUAGGAAUCGAUCUUGGAACAACUUAUUCUUGUGUUGGAGUGUUCCAACAUGGAAAGGUUGAGAUUAUCGCCAAUGACCAAGGUAACCGAACCACCCCCUCCUAUGUUGCAUUCACCGACACUGAGAGAUUGAUCGGAGACCCAGCCAAGAACCAGGUCGCCAUCAACCCCAGCAACACAAUCUUCGACGCCAAGAGGCUGAUCGGCAGAGACUUCUCCGACGCCACCGUCCAGAGCGACAUGAAGCACUGGCCCUUCGAUGUUGUCAAUGUCGGCGGAAAGCCCAAGCUUGAGGUAGAGUACAAGAACGAGAAGAAGACCUUUACCCCCGAGGAGGUGAGCAGUAUGGUGCUUACCAAGAUGAAGGAGACUGCCGAGGCAUACCUAGGGGUUGACGUGAAGGACGCUGUUGUAACUGUCCCUGCAUACUUCAACGAUUCCCAGAGACAAGCCACCAAGGAUGCUGGUGUCAUCUCAGGGUUGAAUGUGCUCCGUAUUAUAAACGAACCCACCGCCGCCGCCAUCGCCUACGGAUUGGACAAAAAGAAGGGUGCCGCCGAGUGCAACGUUCUCAUCUUCGAUCUUGGCGGUGGAACCUUCGAUGUUUCCAUUCUUACCAUCGAGGAGGGUAUCUUCGAAGUUAAGUCUACUGCCGGAGAUACUCAUCUUGGAGGAGAGGACUUCGACAACCGUAUGGUGGAUCAUUUCGUUAAUGAGUUCAAGAGGAAGCACAAGAAGGACAUCAAGGGGAACAAGAGAGCACUGAGAAGGCUGAGAACUGCUUGCGAGAGAGCGAAGAGGACUCUCUCUGCCAGUGCUCAGGCCAACAUUGAGAUCGAUUCUCUCUUCGAGGGAAUUGAUUUCUACACCUCCAUCACCAGAGCUAGGUUCGAGGAGCUGUGCUCCGACCUGUUUAAGGGAACCCUGGAGCCUGUCGAGAAGGCUAUGAGGGAUGCUAAGAUGGACAAAUCUUCCAUCAACGACAUCGUUCUUGUCGGUGGCUCCACUAGGAUUCCCAAGAUCCAGAAGCUGCUCCAGGACUUUUUCAAUGGUAAGGAGCUUAACAAGAGCAUCAACCCUGACGAGGCUGUUGCUUACGGAGCUGCUGUUCAGGCUGCUAUCCUCACUGGAGAUACUAGCGAGGCUGUCUCCGACCUUCUCCUCCUCGACGUUGCCCCUCUGUCUCUCGGUAUUGAGACUGCCGGAGGUGUCAUGACCUCCCUCAUCAAGAGGAACACCACCAUCCCCACUAAGCAGACCCAGACCUUCACCACCUACAGUGAUAACCAGCCUGCUGUCACCAUCCAGGUGUACGAGGGAGAGAGAGCUAUGACCAAGGAUAACCAUCUUCUUGGAAAAUUUGAUCUGACUGGAAUCCCUCCAGCACCCCGUGGUGUUCCUCAGAUCGAGGUCACCUUCGACAUUGAUGCUAACGGUAUCCUGAACGUGUCUGCUUGUGACAAGUCUACCGGAAAGCAGAAUAAGAUUACCAUCACCAACGACAAGGGCCGUCUGUCCAAGGAGGAGAUUGAGCGUAUGGUCAACGACGCCGAGAAGUUCAAGGCAGAUGACGAGAAGCAGAAGGAGAGAAUCUCUGCUAAGAACGGACUUGAGUCCUACUGCUUCAACAUGAAGACCACCAUCGAGGAUGAAAAGAUGAAGGACAAAAUCUCCGAGGAUGAUCGUAAGAAGAUCAAUGACAAGUGUGAGGAGGCCAUCAAGUGGUUGGAUGCCAACCAGCUCGCCGAGGUUGAGGAGUUUACUGCUCAGCAGAAGGAGGUUGAGGCUGUAUGUAAUCCUAUUAUCACCAAGCUUUACCAGGGAGCCGGAGGUAUGCCAGGAGGUAUGCCUGAUAUGGGAGGUAUGGGAGGUGGUGAGGCCCCUAGCAGUGCUGGAGGUGCUGGACCCACUAUUGAGGAAGUUGAUUAAACCAUGUAUACUUGAUUCUACGACAGAGGAUAAAAUUCACGGCAUUUCUAAAAUUCAUUUGUUUCAAUCCAACUAGCAAAUUCAAUAAAGUAUAGCAUGAUAUUUA